UUCUGUUCCAGAAACAGCAGGCUUCCCAUCGGCAUCCUCUUCCUCAAAACACACACACACACGCUCCAGAGUGUCACACACUCACUCACUCACACACACACACACACACACACACACACACACACACACACACGCCACCUGGAUCCAGCAUGGCAACCAUCACCUGCACUCGCUUCACAGAGGAGUACCAGCUCUAUGAAGAACUGGGCAAGGGAGCGUUUUCUGUGGUGCGCAGGUGUGUGAAAGUCCUCUCAGCUCAGGAAUACGCCGCUAAGAUCAUCAACACCAAGAAGCUCUCGGCCAGAGAUCACCAGAAGCUGGACAGAGAGGCUCGGAUCUGUCGGCUGCUCAAACACCCAAACAUCGUGCGGCUCCAUGACAGCAUCUCAGAGGAGGCGCAUCAUUACCUCAUCUUCGACCUUGUGACGGGUGGAGAACUGUUUGAGGACAUCGUGGCCAGAGAAUAUUACAGUGAGGCAGAUGCCAGUCACUGUAUUCAGCAGAUCCUGGAGGCGGUGCUUCACUGUCAUCAGAUGGGUGUCGUUCACCGAGAUCUAAAGCCAGAGAAUCUCCUCCUGGCCUCCAAGUCCAAAGGUGCGGCGGUGAAGUUAGCAGAUUUUGGAUUGGCGAUUGAAGUAGAAGGAGACCAGCAGGCGUGGUUUGGCUUUGCUGGGACUCCGGGUUAUCUCUCACCUGAAGUGUUACGGAAAGAUCCGUAUGGUAAAGCUGUGGACCUGUGGGCCUGUGGUGUGAUUCUUUACAUUCUGCUGGUUGGAUAUCCGCCGUUCUGGGAUGAAGAUCAGCAUCGACUCUAUCAGCAGAUCAAAGCUGGAGCUUAUGAUUUUCCUUCUCCUGAGUGGGAUACGGUCACUCCUGAAGCUAAAGAUCUCAUUAAUAAAAUGCUGACCAUCAAUCCAGCAAAGAGAAUCACUGCAGCCGAGGCACUAAAACACCCCUGGAUCUCUCACCGCUCCACUGUGGCCUCCUGCAUGCACAGACAGGAAACUGUGGAGUGUCUGAAGAAGUUCAACGCCCGCCGGAAGCUGAAGGGUGCAAUUCUCACCACCAUGCUCGCCACCAGAAACUUCUCAGGAGGGAAGAGUGGAGCCAACAAGAAGACUGACGGAGUGAAGGAAUCUUCAGAGAGCUCAAACACCACUAUCGAAGAUGAAGAUACCAGGGUGAGGAAACAGGAGAUCAUUAAAGUGACCGAGCAGCUCAUUGAGGCCAUCAGCAAUGGGGACUUUGAGAGUUACACGAAGAUGUGUGAUCCCAGUGUAACGGCCUUCGAGCCUGAAGCGUUGGGUAAUCUGGUGGAGGGACUCGACUUCCAUCGCUUCUACUUUGAGAACUUGUGGUCUAAGAACAGUAAGCCGGUACACACCACCAUCCUGAACCCUCACAUCCACCUGAUCGGAGACGAGGCCGCGUGCAUCGCCUACAUCCGCAUCACGCAGUUUAUCGAUGCUAACGGGACGCCGCGCUCCGCUCAGGCCGAGGAAUCUCGCGUGUGGCACCGACGUGACGGAAAAUGGCAGAUCGUCCACUUCCACCGCUCUGGGGCGCCCUCUACCAUCACCAAUUGAGCUGAGUUGAACAGCUGCCGUUAUUGGAGUGUGAUCUGUCCUGCUGGUCCUGCUGUUCUGCAAGCUGAUUGGACACCGCGGAAGCUGCCUGACUACCCACAAUCCUUUGCUUCCCAUCACUUACAUGAGCAUCCAGGCUUGAGAUCAUCUCUCUCUCACGCACACACACACACACACACACACACAGACACACACACACACACACACACACACUCACACACACACACACACAUUUAACAUUUCAUCACACACACAUUAAAGGUCAUUUUAGUUUUCUGUGGAUUUGACUGGAAUGCUGUUCUCGGAAUGUUUUGCAGGAAAUUAGGGCAUCGUGUGAACUCUGUAAGUUAUAGUUUAUUUAUUCGAUAAAUAAUACACUGAAUUAUAAAACGCCAUGAUUAUUGAGAGACUGAACGGCUUCUCAGAAAGAUAAACACAGAUCUUUUUCAUUCCUUUUUGGAUUGUUUCAUUAAUAAACUCUGUAAAAUAAUAUUAGCAACAACAAAAAGAAAGGAAGAAGUGAAAUAUUAGCGUGCAUGCUAACCCGAGCUGUUUAGUUGCCCCUGGAUGAAGUUUACGCUUCCUGCCCACAGUGUUUCAGUGUUCAGCGUUAAAGAACUCAUUUUAUCACUCAUUAGGAAAGCUGAAUAAGAACUGUGAUUGUUGAUGAAUUACCGUGGAAGGGCAAUAAACACUAACACACUAACACGAGCGUGAUGAAUGUAGGGGUAGAAAUAAAAACGCCUCAGAUAAACUCAAAUUACAAACGUACAAAUAAAUAAAUAAAUAAAUAAAGUGUAAGGAACUGCAGUGUGACUCAAUGACAAGUCAAAGUUAAUGAUAGGAAUAAGCUAAUGCUUAAAUUAUGCUAAUGCUAGCAGUAGAUUGAUAAUGUUUGUGCGUAAGAUGAGCUAAUGCCAGCAGUGAGCAACUGGCUUUGAUGGAUAUUUAAAGGCUGUAGUUCAGGUCCAGAAUUAUUACAUUAUUCUUUAUAAAAGUAGUAAAAAAACAAAAAGUUUUGUUUAAAGUGAGGUUAUAUCAUAUAUGGUCGCAGUAAGUUUGUGCUAAUUCGCUAAUCUCCAAAUCAUCUCUUCACUCAGCACUUAGGUUUGGAUGUUAAACAUAGCAAACUUUAAAUAAAUAAAUGAAAUCAUGUUAUAUGAAAAGUUUUCUAAUGUCAAAAGAACACUAAAUGAAUUAAACACUUUAUUAAAGUAGGAAAUGAUGGUGAUUUAUUUGUAAAGUGUAACAUUAAUGUUGAUCUAGUAUAGUUUUUAAAAUCCAAAUACUCUAAUAAAAGGCUAUUAAAUUUUAAUAUAUGUAUAUAUGAAUAAUAAACUAAUAUUAUUAGAAAAUAUACAGCCCCAAUUCCAAAAAACUUGGGAUGCUGUGUAAAAUGUAAAUAAAACCAAAAUGCAGUGAUUUACAAAUCUCAUAAACCCAUAUGUUAUUCACAAUAGAACACAGAAAACAUAUCAAAUGUUUAAACUGAGGAAAUAUACCAUUUUAAGAAAAAAAUAAGGUCAUUUUGAAUUUGAUGGCCGAAACACGUCUCAAAAAAGUUGGGGCGGGGCAACAAAAGGCUGGAAAAGUAAGUGUUAGUAAAAUGAAACAGCUGGAAGUUAAUUGGAAACAGGUCAGUAACAUGAUUGGGUAUAAAAAGAGGAUCUUAGAGAGUCUUUCAGAAGUAAAGAUGGGCAGAGGUUCACCAAUCUGCAAAAAACUGAAAAAAAUCUGUGGAACAAUUUCAGAAUAAUGUUCCUCAAUGUAAAAUUGCGAAGACUAUGAAUAUCUCAUCAUCUACAGCACAUAACAGAUUCCGAGAAUCUGGAGAAAUCUAAGGGACAAGGGUGUAAAUCAAUAUCGCAUCAAUAUUUUCUAUGUUCUAUUGUGAAUAACAUACUUAUGAGAUUUGCAAAUCAUUGCAUUCUGUUUUUAUUUACAUUUUACACAACGUCCCAAUUUUUUUUGGAAUUGGGGUUGUAUUCUUAAAUACUAAUAUCUUAUCAUGAAGUGUAUCAUCUAGCACUGAAAGUACACGUAAUACAGCUAUUAUUAUUUUUUUUUAUUUAUUCUUACAAAAAUAAAAUACUGCAUCAGUUCUCCAGAUUACUCUAUAUUCUAUCGUUUCACAUUUCACUCAUUUACAUAAAACUUCCAGCUUCCAUUCCAUUCAGUUUUUGGGACUUUUACUCAGUGAAACCUCUCCUCAGAGCAGGAACGAUUCCAAUUGGUUAUUUGAGACAAUCAGUGGAAUGGGGAGGAGGCGGGGCUUGAGCUGUUUUGAAGAUUUAUAUUGAAAUAUUUACAUAAAUAUCGGAAGUAUUCAGACACUUAGUAAAGAAUACCUAGCUAGCUUGUUAAUUUGUGGCUUUUUGCCACAUUAAAAAUGUACAAACACUAAAUUUUAGAUGUUUCAAGUAGCUAGAAGGCAUGUCAAGCCCCGCCUCCUCUCCAUUUAAAGAGGAAUGUAACCAAUCAGAGCAGGUUUGGAUGAGUAAAAUUUCAAGCUUUCAUUCUGUUGUAACAUCAACAAUCGUAAAACAAAACAAAACAACAGGAGGGCAAAUGUAGUUGAAUUAUGGGGAAAUAUAUUUAUAAAACAGUGCUGCAUGGACACUGACACUUAAACAGUUCUUCCAGAAAAUCAGGUGAUGGCGCUAUAUUCAUAACUAUUUCCAUUUACCCUGAAACAUGUUUACCGUGAACACGUGUAUUAGAAAGAAAGUGAGUAAUGUCCAAAGCGAGAUGGUGAAUCUGCAAUAAAACGAGUAGAAAGUUUUUAUUUUCGAGAAACGGUAACGUUCUCACCUCGGGUAUCGUCGUGACAUUUUAUUUCCGUAUUUAUUGAUUUCGGGAGCUUUUACUCGCAUUUAAAUCGCAUGGCCAUUUGUUUAUUUAUUUAAUUUAGGAUUUAAAAUAAUAUUUAAAGGUAAAAUAUCUUCUGUAGUGAGUGUGGAAGAAACGGACUGCUGUGAAUAUCGUUAGUUGCUUUUUUUGUGCGUGUUGUGUUUGUGAAUUAAAUGACGUUAUGACGCUCCCACGCCAAAUGUACAGAUAACAAACAUUUAAUUCAAUAAUUACAUGAAGCAUGCAGCACAUAUUUAACAUGUUUAUGCACAUUUGUGUUUUUUAUAUAUUCAGUGAAGUAAUGAGGAAAAUAGCUGAGUGAAUCGUGAGCCGUGCUACCAUGCAUACAGCUGUUUAUCAAAUAACAAACUAUUAUUAUUAUUAUUAUUAUUAUUAUUAUUAUUAUUAUUAUUAUAACAUCUUUUAGGAAUGUUAUAACACAAAGAUCUCUGUUAAUUUUUAAAAAAAAUAUAUAUUAUGCAGUCACUAGUUGAGGUAUUAAUUGAUUAGACAUUGAUUUAUCACAUUUUUCUGAUUUAUUAAUUAUAGAUGUAAUCGAUUUGCCACCAAUAUGCUAAUGAUCAUCAUAAUCCUGAUUUGUGUUAUUGGUUAUUUAGAAAAUACUGUAUAAUUUCUUUGUUUAUUAUGUUAUCCCUGAAGUUGUUUACUCAUUUUCUUUUAAUUUGCUUUACCUGUGAAAAGGCACCAGGAAAAAAAAACUUGUGUUUAUUCCUAAACAUGCUGUUUAUUGUAGUUCAGGCUGCUGCUGUCGUCAUUCAGUUUUUUACCGAUUUAUGGGAGUGUAUAACAGUACAACGCACCGAGGAGCUACAGUUCAUGGAAAUGUUCCCUCAGAGCAGGAACCAUCAUGAGAAACACCAAGAUGCUUAAUGUUUCAUGCCAGGAGUUCCACAAAAACGAAUGUUUGCUAUUUAUAGGAUUUUUGGAUUUAUAUAUCUGUGUGUGUGUGUGUGUGUGUGUGUGUGUGUGUGUGUGUGUGUGUGUGUGAAAUUUUACACAACAAUACAAAACUAUGUUGUAGGUAUAUUAUUAUGUAAUAUCAAUGUUACAGGUAAUAAUGUUAUAGGUAUAUUAUUAUGGAAUAUCAAAAGUAUAAAGCUCAAUAGCUGAAGUGAGUGAAGCUUUCAGCUAUAGCUCUGUUUCCUGACCAUGCUAAAUUUGGCAUUUGGAAAAGGGUACUAGUUAACCUAGCUAACAUAGCUAACCUAGCUAACCAUUACCUCUUCUUGGUGAACGUUGGAACAGACUUCCAGAUUAGCUGUUGUUUUUAGCUGAAAUAGACAGCGUGAGAACUUCCUUUUAUUUGUGUAAGAAUUUUUUUGCUGAUUUAGCCAUUAUUGGUAUUUGAGUUGUUUUAAAAUUUUAAAUACUUUUAAAUUCAUCAAAAAUUAACAUAUACAGAAAAAAAUGCUUAAUAAGUAUACAAAUGCUAACUAUCAGCUUGCUGAUGUAUAACUGCAAAUAAAUUACUUAGUGAACAAAAUAUAUGGCCGAGAUUAGCGGUGACUGAGAGAAAUUAGCUAGCUGUCUUAUUACUACAUGACUUUUUAGUAGAUAUUAGUUUUAUGCUAGCUAAAUGUGAUCACUUUAGGGUAACAUUUUUAAAUCAUUUUUAGUUAAAUUAUGAUAAUGUUCUGUUGGUUAUUUAGCUAGCAAGUGUUUUAACAUCACAGUUAUUGAACAGAGCUUAGCUUGCUAACAUUAUUUACGUUAUUAACUAGCAGCAUACCAUAGAUAAUACUGCUCAUGUCACUAGCUUUGUUUUGAUUAGUCACCUGAUCCAGCCAAUCACAGUCAUUUCCUCUCCGAGAACAUUUUAUUAACUGAAACUCCUUUGUGCUAAAGUUGACCUUGAAUUUAUUUUGCUAACUUUUCAACAUUGAUCCGUGACGCAUGCCGCACGUCUUUUUGUAAAUGACUGUGAUAUUUACGGUUUCUAUAAAGCUUGUGAAUAAAAGCACAAAAACACAUAAA